AGUUGUAACACCACUAAUCUUAAAGACCGCAACCAUGUCCAUGUCCAUGUCCAUGUCCAUGUCCAUUACCCCCAACCUUAAAGUCUCUCCUUCCCCUUCUUUGCAUCACCCUUCCUCAUUCCCAUCACUAUUAUCUUGCAAAGCACCCAUCUUUGGCUCCAACCCUUCGGUCCUCACCCGAAGACUUUUCAUUCCUUCGGUUUCCGGCAUGUGGGAUGCCUUAACCGGCGGCAAUAACAAUGCCCGUGAAGCCGUACUUGCAAUUCGACGUGGGAUGUCUCUCUUCAGACAGGGUGACGUGUCGGGGUCUCUUGUGGAGUUCGACAAGGCAAUUCAAUUGGACCCUCGUCAAAAUGCGUAUCUUUGGCAAAGGGGCCUCUCACUUUACUACCUUAAUAGAUUUGAAGAAGGAGCUGAGCAGUUUCGGUUAGAUGUUGCGCAAAAUCCAAAUGAUACAGAAGAGUCCAUAUGGUGCUUUCUGUGUGAAGCUCAACUAUAUGGAGUGGAUGAAGCAAGGAAACGAUAUCUUGAGGUUGGCAAAGAUCCAAGGCCAGUCAUGCGUGAAGCAUAUAACAUGUUUAGAGAUGGUGGGGAUCCUGAAAAGCUUGUGGCUUCAUUCUCCAACAGCAGAGAAAACGACUAUUUUUAUGCUUCACUAUAUGCUGGGCUUUAUUACGAAUCUCAGAAUGAAACAGAUGCUGCUAAAGUUCAUAUAGUUGCUGCGUGCCAGUCUUCUUAUGGGCAGAGAUCUGAUGAUUAUAUGGCUUCUCUUUCCAAGGUUCACUGUCUUUGUCGAAAUUGGGUCUUCAACUAAAAUAUUUUGCAGUGUGUUCAUUAUUGAGCAUGAUGAAACCGAUUCAUAAGUUGUUUUAUACACUAUUCACAGUACCUUGUGAGUUACUGUGCUACUGAGUUGCAGUGUGUUCAUUAUUGAGCAUGAUGAAUUUGUUGUCUAAAUAUCCCCCCAAGCCGUUAUACCAAUCUUAAUGGCUUAAUAUUAGUAGAUAUAG